UGGUUCAUUGAGAUUUGAGAAGCGCACAAUUUUAUGCCCUGUGUAUAAAUAUGUUCAGAAAAAACAGAUUGGAGACAGCGUCGCCCUUGCCUUUCGCCCUCCCGCUGCUCUCCACUUGCAGCGGCAGACACAGCUUCGCUGCGACCCCAAUCUGCAGCAUCUCCUACUACACCGCCGCAGUCGUCGACGACUGCCCCACCGAAAGCAAAAUCCUCGCCGCCUUCUCCAUCGUCACCGUGGAGACGCGGAGUAUCAACUUGCUCAACUCGAGAAAUUGUCAGAGGGACCUGGUGGUGGCGAAAGACGGGGAUUGGGAGAUGGGAUUGGCUUUUGAAUUAGGAGAUGGGGAUUGGAUCGUGAGGAUGAGUCUCGGAUUAGGGUUAAAGAGGGGAAGGCAUAUUUGAGUCUGUUUUCGGAUUGAAUUUGUGUUUUUGUUGGGUAUAAUUUUUGGGUGGGGUUGAGUCUGGUUUGAUUAGGUAUAAUUGGUUUGGUUUAUUGAAUUUUUUAAUAUUAUUUGUUGAUGACAUGACGUGCUGAUUGAAGUAAACUAACGGAGUUUUGGAUGGAGAUAGACGGAAUUACUUUUUUGUUAUUAGUCCAAACAUAUGUUACUGAAACGUGCAAAAUUAAAAGUUUGUGAUCGUU